AUGGCCUCCCGCUCAAGAUUGAUGCCGAUUGUCCAAUCGGCGCGACGACCGGCAGUGCAACACAUCCCCCGCCCGGUCAAUCUCAAGGUUGUUGCUUCAGCCGUUGCUUCGGCCCGCCAGGAGAACUCACACUGCCUCAAUCUCACCCAGUCAGGCGCAAGGCACCUGAGCUCGACCCCCGUGCGGUGUGCCGCGGGUGCCAUUAAGCUCACCUCGGAGGCCUACCCGAAUGUCAAGAGGGAUGAGCGGUUCGCGCGAGUGACGCCCGAAGACGUCGCCUUUUUCAAAGGUGUACUAGGCAGCGGGUCAGCCGUCCUCGAUGGUGUCACCUCGGAUGCAGCCGAUGACAUCGCGCCCUUCAACGAGGACUGGAUGCGAAAGUACCGUGGUCAGAGCCGACUUGUUCUCCGACCUCAGACAACUGAUCAAGUCAGCCGGAUCCUCAAGUACUGCAACGACAAGAAGCUUGCCGUCGUGCCCCAGGGAGGCAACACCGGCCUUGUCGGGGGUUCAGUUCCAGUCUUCGACGAGAUUGUGCUUAGCCUCGGUCGUAUGAACAACAUUAUCUCGUUUGAUGAAGUCAGCGGUGUGCUCGUUAUGGACGCCGGUGUUAUCCUCGAGGUUGCUGAUCAGUACCUUGCUGAGAGGGGACACAUCUACCCUCUCGACCUCGGCUCCAAGGGCUCCUGUCACGUUGGUGGUAACCUUGCCACCAAUGCUGGUGGCCUUCGUCUCCUCCGAUAUGGAAAUCUGCACGGCACCGUUCUCGGCAUCGAGGCCGUGCUCCCUGAUGGCACCGUCGUAGAUGAGCUCUCGACCUUACGCAAGAACAACACCGGGUAUGACCUGAAGCAGCUCUUCAUCGGUGCCGAAGGUACCAUCGGGGUCAUCACCAAGGUUGCUAUCCAGUGCCCUCAGAGGCCAAAAGCCGUCAACGUUGCCUACUUCGGACUCGAGUCGUUCGAACACGCGCGCCGUGCCUUCCGUGAGGCCAAGUCUCAACUUUCCGAGAUUCUAUCUGCCUUCGAGCUUAUGGACGGUCGAAGCCAGCAAGUGGUGCAGCAUUUUACGGGAAACACCAACCCUCUCGAUGGCGAUCAUCCAUUUUACGUCCUCGUGGAGACUAGUGGAUCAAAUGGCGAGCACGACUAUGCCAAGCUCGAGGCCUUCCUUGAGGACGUCAUGGGCAAGGAGAUCGUCCAAGACGGCGUUGUCGCCCAGGAUGAGACGCAAGUUCAAACGCUUUGGAAGUGGCGUGAGGGCGUCCCAGAGGCCCUCGCCAUGGUCGGCGGCGUGUACAAGUAUGACGUCUCGAUUCCUCUUGAGGAAAUGUACAAGCUAGUCGAAGACACAAAGGCUAGGGCUGAGGAAGCCGGUCUCCUCUUCGAGGACCUCACACAGACCGAACCGAAUGCUGAGCAUCCUAUCCUCGCCGUCGUGGGCUAUGGUCAUAUGGGAGACUCGAACCUGCACCUCAACGUCUCCACGAGAACGUACGACAAGCGCGUGGAAAAACUCCUUGAGCCGUUUGUAUACGAAUGGGUUCAGAAGCGCAAGGGUAGCAUCAGCGCUGAGCACGGCCUCGGAAUCGCUAAGAAGAAUUACAUCGGCUACAGUAGGAGUGAUACCAUGGUAAACUUGAUGAGGCAGAUUAAGAAUCUUUAUGAUCCGAAUGGCAUCAUGAACCCCUACAAGUACAUCUAG